AUGUCUGUGAUGAGUGCAUCAAACUUUUCGCAACCUGUUGCACAAUCAAGCAUAAGUGAGCCCUUUCCUGCCAACAGCACCUCGAGCGUUGUUCCCCCUGUUGCAGACAACGGUACGUCGACUGUGGUUCCACCUUCACCCACCGAGGGCACAUCAAGUAUGGCUCCGUCUGUCCCUGCGAACAGCACCUCGAACGCGAUUCCACCUGUUCCAGGUAUCGAUACUACGACUGUGGUUCCACCUUUACCUGCUAAUGAUACAUCGACGUUGGCUUCAUCUGUCCCUUCAGACAGCACAUCGAUCACGGUUCAACCUUCAUCCGCUGAUGGUACAUCGAGCACGACUCCACCUGUCCAUUCAGCCAGUACAUUGACCAUUUUUCCGCCUUUCCCUGCUAAUGGAACGUCGAGCAUCGUUCCAUCCAUGUCAAGCAAUAGCAGCCCAUCUGGAAGUACACUGGCUGGAAGUACAAUGUCAGCACAAGGACCAGAGACCAACAUGAGCUCAUCGACUGUGAAUUCAGUCCCUUUUGCUUUGACUUCAAAUGUCACUGCUGCCUCUGAAAUCAGGACUUCAUUCACCAGUACGAUUGAUCUAAGUUCGACAACAUUCGUGACUGUCAUUCGAACUACAAUCAGUAUUGUGCAGGUUUCCUCAACAACACAGGAUACUGGUUCCAGUACUGUGCCCGUGAUUCCUGAGUCGUCAAAUUCUGCAACACUUGUAUCUGAGUCAAGCUUCUCUGCAGGAGAAACACAUUCAACUUCAGUCAGCAACGGCUCUUCUUCCAGCACUGUCGCUAGUUCAGCAGGCGUAUCUGAGCCAAGCCCAUCAUCUAGUGGCACGGUCACCCUUGUUCCGGGAAUCACAAUGACUCCUCCCGCGGUUACCUCUGCAUCCGCCCUUCCCAUGCUCUCUCUGACUGGCGACAUGGCAUGUUCCUAUUCUUACUCAGCCAAUCAAUCCGCACCAAGCACUUACAAUCUUCUCCCAUGGUGCUGGUCCUGGCCUGUUGCGGAAAGCACCACGGUGAUGUCUGGGGCAAUCGUCGCGGCAAGUACAGAGAACUGCGUCUGCCCGUACUGUUGGCUUGCAGACCCGCUGUGUUACGCCCAAACGCCAACGGGCUCAAGCUGUGCGGAUGGCUGGAUUUGCUCUGUGACUACUUCUGCUGGUUCGUCAGGCGUUGUGCAUUCGCUCCCUAGUGGCUUCACCUCCGAUACCACAACACCAGAACCGUGGAGCAUUAUUACCGAGCGGGGCGUGUCCAGAACAAGCGGCAGUAGCAGUACUACGGACGUCACAUGGAGUGCUACGCUUUCACAAAGCACUCGGAGCAUCGAGGGUGGCUACGUUGUCUUUCCGUUCUGGUCCUGGAGUUGUAUCGGCCCUCUGUGUCAGGGUGAUUGUGGAGAUGUCCUCGACUGGGCGGCGGCUAUGGCUGGUUGCAUUUUCGGGUUGGGAUGCAAGAGACCGUGCAGUGAUCAAGGCUCGAAUGGAUUUCCAUUGCCACCGCUCAUCGAGCUCAUCGAGUUCGUCCAGCUCCUGCUCGUCUACGGCAUUCUCUUCCUGCCUCGACAUUUGCUCGACAUUGAGCGCGAAUGGUACAGUCUCUGGCACUCAAUCGUGCACUCGGUCAUGCACGACUGUUACACAGUGCUCUGGGACGGACACGUUCACGACUACUACUCGAUAUCUGCUCAGAUUGCCUCGUGGAUUACUCAGUUUCCACCAAUCCCUGACAACGCAACGACGAUAUUCAGUACUUUCAGCUUCUCGUUAAACACCACGCAGACCAUGGGCAACACCACUUCGAGCACUACCACGAGCACGUCGCAUUCGACAUCCUUGACAUCUCAUAGUUCGACGAUCUCUAGCCCUCCUAUCACAACGCCGACCCUUCCAAGCAGCCUGCGGGAUUUCACAGUGCUAGUGACAGAUGACGACGGCGACGUGUUCAGCGAAGUCUACUCUGGAGGUGUAAUGGUUUCUUCUACACUGGUCUCGUCGAGGCUACUUCCCACAUUGGGCCCAAGUGGACCGUGGACGUUUGGUUCAUCGGGGGUCUCUUUGGUGAGCAGAACCACUUCGACUCCCCGGAUCUCUGCAGGGACCGGAGCACAUCCAACCCUCACAAGUAUAGCCAGAAGCUACAGCGAGGUCUCGAUCUUCACCUGUGACGGAGAGGCUGCGUUUGGUAGUGCAAGCUGUACAGAUUCGUGGGGCCUCAAGACCGUGUCAACCACUGUUCCGAAUGCAGACGAGCAGACUUCGUACUGUGCCCACUGGACUGCCUUCACCACCACUACAAGCCCAGCCAAGGCCGGGGUUGUGAACUGUGCCACCCCUGUCAGCGGACAAGCGACGAGUGCGGUCGCAACCGUCUGGAACUCGGGUCUCCCUUUCUCGCCAUUCCAGUUGGACAAAGGCCCCAUCAAGAAGUUUUGCAAGAAGCUGGUUGAUCGCGACAUCGUUCUUUACCAGGGACUUUCAUUUGCCGCUACGUCAAGCUCAGAGGUGGUGUCCCCAGGUGAAUGUGAUCUGUUUCCAUCGAACGGGGACUCGGCAUUCGACUAUGAUCUGACCAUUGGUCUCGCCUUCGACUACAACGGGUGUCCUUCGCCGACAGGCACGCCACUGGUCAACGGUGUCUCGAUGAAGAAAUAUGGCCAGGACAAAUGCGUCUCGACGUUCUGGAAUCACAUCACCAAAGAAUGCGAUUUCUCAAAUUCGGAAGCAAAGAAGAGAGGCCUCGGCCAGUGGACCAGGGUCGGUGGAAUGUACUGGGCGGACUGCAUGCGGUGGACGCUCAUUGCUGCGAGGAAAGAUCUGUCGCCGCCAGACACUGUUGAUGGAGACUUGCAGUGA